AUGUAUGUUCCACCUCUCCUGAGGGAUAUUUUUGAAAGACGUAUCCCUCAGGAGAUGAAACACAGAUCAUACCCGUGUGAACUCUCUCGAGAGACUGAGAGUUUCCAGCCCUGUGACUGGCUUAUCAACAGCCAAUCAGGAGCGUUGUGGUCGAAAGAAGAAACCAUGAUUUGUACAAAAACGGCCACGGAGGAGGACCCAAAAGAAGAAGGAGAAGAACCCAAAAAGAAGAAGAAUACUCCAAAACAAGAAACGAAGAAGAACCCAAAACAAGAAGUUGAAGAGAAAAAGGAAGAGUCCAAACAAGAAGAAGAAGAAGAAGAAGAACCCAAAGCAAGAAGAAGAAAAGGAAGAAUCCAAAGCAUGAAGAAUAAGUAG